AUGAGUGGCCUAUGGUUUAUACUUCUUCAUAGAGGAUCCUGUAGGUUACACUUUAGGAUGUGGAGGACAUUUGGUUAUACUCAUUUCUGUAUGGUAGCCAUGGAGCUACUACUCGGUCCACAACCAUUAGUGCGGCCGGUGUUUACACAACAUGGCACAGAAAAUAUGGAUAUUGAAGAAUGUGCCGACGGAAGAGAACGAGCAGCGAGUGUGGAUAGCAGUGAGGGCGCAGAGUACGAGAGGAAAGACUACGUGGAGAUAAAGUACGCGCGCGCGUUAGACGCGUCGAAAAGUCCGGCGUCGGGCGACGAGUCGCGGCUGGCAAGCGGUAAUUACCGAGCCGAGUUGAAGCGUCCUGAUUUGAAAGGAAGUUUUCGAUGUUCGAUCUGUGCUAAGGUAUUUUGUCAUUCGUCAUCCCUGUCACGACAUCGAAUGCAGGCUCAUUUCAAGAGCUACAAAUGCACGUUGUGCCGUAAAGAUAUAACAAGUAAGUGUGUUUCGAUUUGUGAAUUACGGUAA